CUAAUAAUAAUAAUAAAAUAAUAAUAAUAAAAAUAAAAAAAUAAAAAAAACAUAUGUUAAGUUUAGUUUUACACAAGUAAUUAAGGAUUGAUGAUACUGUUUUAAGUUUCUUGUGUAAAGGUUAAGCAGAAUUGCACUAUACCAUUUUACCCACAGAUGGAAAAUACACACAGAAGCACAAAUCAACACCAUAACAAGAUGAUUUUGAGAAAUUUUUGAGAGAGCUGUUGAUUUGGUUGGUCUAUGAUGAGAAAUUUAUGCUGGAGUUUCGAAAAUAUAAUGGUGAGUAUUGUGUGCUGAAAAUGUGAAAAAGAAGGUUACGGGCCUUACGGCAAUGAAAAUUAUUCAUGUUUGAGUGAAAUGUUUUAAGAAACUUGUAGGGUUGAAUGAAAAAUUUUCCCUUCAUUGUUUUUGUUUGAAGGGGUGGGUUGCAAUAUAUGAAUUGUUCCCCUAUCAUAGAAAAUUGGAUUCAUCGAAAGAAAUGACAGGAUAGUUGAUGCUUGCUGGAAAUUUGUAUUCUGACGCACUCGGAAACUGAAAAUAUUCAGUCCUAAUUUACACUAGUCUUUAAUUCAUAACUUCAGAAGCAACAUAGGUUGCAAUAUGUGCAUUCAGUUAACUAAUAUAUGAAUUGUUUCCCUGCCAUUGAAAAUUGGAUUCAUUGAAAGGAUAUUUGGUAUGCGGUUGUGAUUCAAUUUGCAUGAAUGACAAGAUAAGUCGAUGCUUGCUGGAAAUUUGUAUUCUGAUGCACUCGGAACUGAAAAUAUUCCGACCUAAUUUACAUUAGUCUCCAAUUCUUGACUUAAGAAGCAACAAAGGUUGAUCAUUGCUUUAACAUUCUAACAGUGUCUCCUUUACCUAGCUAUGAGGACAGGAAUUGGACGUUUGAGUAUAUAGAUGUAGGUAUCAUACUUGGUUGAUCCUCAAAUUGGCCUGGAGCCUAUUUGCAUGCCAUUGUCUUUCCAUUUUGAUGGUAUACUGUUAGAUUUGAAGGAGCUCAUUACCUUCAAUAUGGACAAGGUUACAUUUUGUGGAUGGUGGUUACAUUUUGAGUUGCUUGUGAAGAUAUUAGACGCGGCUUGUGGAGAGUUAUAUUUUAGUUAUUCAUGUUUCAUAUGUAAGUGGUGUUGCAUUUGAAAAAUUCUGCAGGAGUUACGAACUGAUGGAACGCAUAGCCAAAGUCUAUGUCUAUAGGGAAGGAGAAAAGCCAAUCUUCCACCGGCCAGUACUGGGUGGAAUUUAUGCUUCUGAAGGAUGGUUUAUGAAACAUAUGGAGGCAAACAAACAUUUUGUUGUUAAAAAUCCGAGAAAAGCUCACCUGUUUUACUUGCCUUUUAGUGCACGAAUGCUGGAGGAGACCUUGUAUGUGCCAAAUUCACACAGUCAGAGGAACUUGGUUGAAUAUCUGAAAAAUUAUCUGGACAUGAUUUCGGUGAAGUAUCCUUUCUGGAAUAGAACCGGUGGUGAAGAUCAUUUUCUUGCUGCUUGCCAUGACUGGGCUCCUUAUGAAACAAAGCACCAUAUGGAUCGUUGCAUCAGAGCUCUUUGCAAUGCUGAUGUAAAUGAAGGCUUUAAAAUAGGAAAGGAUGUGUCGCUUCCAGAAACAUAUGUCAGAUACCCAAAGGACCCUCUCAGAGGCCUAGGAGGCAAUCCCCCUUCCAAGAGGCCGAUCCUUGCCUUCUUUGCUGGGAAUAUGCAUGGAUAUGUCCGUCCUAUCCUGCUGCAAUACUGGGAGAACAGAGACCCUGACAUGAAAAUUUUUGGUCAGAUGGGCCACGGAUCCAAGGACAAAGUGAAGUACAUCAAUUACAUGAAGAGCAGCAAGUAUUGUAUAUGUGCCAAGGGUUAUGAGGUCAACAGUCCUAGGGUGGUUGAGGCCAUCUUCUACGAAUGCAUCCCUGUGAUUUUAUCUGACAAUUUUGUGCCUCCUUUCUUCGAUGUUUUAGAGUGGGAGUCAUUUGCUGUUUUUGUCCCAGAGAAAGAUAUUCCUAAUUUGAAGGAAAUACUGCUUUCAAUCCCAGAGGCCCGGCUCCGGCAACUGCAGCUGAGAGUGAAAAAGGUGCAAAAGCAUUUUCUUUGGCACAGUAAGCCUGUGAAGUAUGAUCUAUUUCACAUGAUACUUCACUCCAUUUGGUACAACAGAGUUUUCCAGAUCAGAGUGUGAUACAGAGAUAUGAGUAGGAAGGAACUGAAAGAAUGGAGGUUGGAAAAGAAAACAGAUGGGUACUGCAACAACCAGAGACAUUAUCAUCAGAAUCGCUGAACACUGCGAGGUAGUCUGUAAAUUUUUUGUAGUGAGCAUUACACAAAUAAACUUGAGGGGAGAGACUAGUGGUAGAAUAAAGUAGCCUGUACAGUGUACAUUUUUGUACAUUUUGCACUCCCCAAGUUUCCAUGGAUAAAAGAAA